AUGUGGUCCUGGUUUGGUGGCCAGUCCGCGCAAAAGCGCCGCGAUGCCCCCAAAGAAGCAAUCCUCAAACUCCGCGAACAGCUCGAUAUGCUCCAAAAGAGGGAGAAACACCUGGAGAAUCAAAUAACGGAACAAGAAGCCAUAGCGAAGAAGUUUGUUACGUCGAAUAAGAAUGCAGCCAAAGCAGCUCUCAGGAGGAAGAAGAUGCACGAAAAGAACCUAGAACAAACCCAGAGCCAGGUCAUGCAACUCGAGCAACAAGUGUAUUCCAUCGAAACGGCAAAUAUCAACCAAGAGACUCUGUACGCUAUGGACAACGCCGGAAAUGCCAUGAAACGUAUGCACGACGGUCUUACAAUCGACAAGGUUGAUAGCAUGAUGGACAAAUUACGAGAACAGCAAGCCCUCGCCGACGACAUCGCGACCGCCAUCACAUCAACACCAUUUGGCGAACAGGUCGACGAAGGCGAAUUGGAGGACGAAUUGGCAAAUUUGGAGCAGGAGACUAUAGACGAGAGAAUGUUGAAGACGGGUACAGUCCCAGUUGCGGAUCAACUCAAUCGGUUACCCGUUGCAGGGAAUGGAGAGCUCAUCAAGGGCAAGGCGAAACAGACAGAGGAGGAAGAAGACGAAGAGGCAGAAUUGGAGAAAUUGCGCGCCGAGAUGGCUAUGAGUUAG